GUUUAGUUUUACUGUGGAAGUCGGUCGGAUCGGAACGGAAAGCAAAACAGCGGGAAAACAAGUAGCGGAAAAAGUGCUCCUUUUAAGUGUUACACAGCAGUUUGAAUUGGUCAUUUUCCGGAAGUGUCUGGAACAGAAUUGAUUACACAGAAUCGGGCGCCAAACCGGCAAUGAAAAGUGUCUCCGGCGGCAAGAGGUGGAAUAAGCAUGCCAAAUUGAGACAGUUGGUGGUCCUGGCGGCUCUGGCGGUAGUUUCCGGGGUCGAAGGACUGCCGAAAGUGUUCCGCAGCAAUGAGAUCUGUGGCAUGUACAACGGACACCGGGUGUACCUGGAGCUGGGCGAUCGGGGCCAGCUGCAGGCCACGAACGUAACGUUUUCAAAAUCAAACCACACCAUACCGUCCAUUUGCACUCUAGAGCUGGUUACCUGCCCAUCAUGUAACUUCAAAAUCUCAUUAAGCUACUCCAACUUCCCCACCAAGUGCGCAUCCCUGCACAAUGAGCUGCCCUGUCGGUGCGAUUAUCUGGAAUUUUCCGAGCCACCAUUCGACGUGGACCAGUCGGGGCGGCGCAACUGCGGCCACGACGUGGUCUACCAAACCCAAACCCGCUCGGUACUGAUCCGGUUCCUGUACUGGGGCAACCACUCGCACGCGUUCACGCUGGAAUACGUGGCGGAGAGGAAUCGUGAAACGCUGCAAGGCAAUCCUGGCGGGGUUCACAAUCUGACCGGGGCGCACACCCGCACCAUCAUGACGCCCUACUUUCCUUCGUACUAUCCGCGGGACUUUGGCAAAGAGUACGUGCUGAGCUGCAACGUGGAGUCUUGCCGCGUCAACGUGAUCUUCAGCGACUUUCAGCUGGCGAAGACAUCGUCGAUGGAAUUUUACGACUGGAACGGACAGCGGCUGUACGCGAUAUCCGGGGGGAGUUUCCGACCGCCGGUGGUGCAGAGCAGCGGACCUUCGAUGAUAAUACGGUUCUACGCGAACGGUGGCUCCGGGCUGGGGUACAGGGCAAAGGUGUCGUUCCUGACGGUCGAGAGUGCCGCGAAUCCAAUGAUGCUGCCGGAUUCGAACUGUGGCGGCGUGGUUGAGAACAUUGGAGGGGCGAUUACGAUGAUGAAUUUGGUUGCCGGAGAUAACGAAACUCGGAUCUUUGACUGUAUUUGGCUGCUGAAACCUCCAAACACUUAUGCCCACCUGAAAACACACCUUUCGCUGAAAAUUGAUACGUUUGAGAAGAUGGGACCGAACUCAAUUCUGACAGUUGUUCAGGGAACGACAUCGGACAACGCGAUCCUGGAUGUUGUGCGGCCAAAUUUGGGUGGUGGACUAUUUGGUCCGCAUACCUACGUGGCACCGUUGACGGCCGGGUUCUACGUGCAUCUGAGAGCGAGCUUCAGGUUGCAGUCCAGAAUGGCGUUGGUGUAUACGGCGUUCAGUUAUCUAGAUUGCUUCAUGGGUUCGGAGUUUCUGUGCAAGAACCGGAAGUGCAUCCCGGUGCAGUUACGUUGUGACGGGUUUGACCACUGCGGUGACGGAAGCGAUGAGCCGGACAGCUGUGAAAUCCAGUGGGAAACGGAUCGGAUCGAUCGUCGCUGGUAUUCCCACACUCCGAACUACUACUUCCCGAAGAUGGAUCGCUAUCCGGACCUGCGAACUGCCACGAUCAUUUUCGUGGCUAGUUCGGUUGGUCUGAUCAUGCUGAUUUCGGCGUUGAUUAUUUUGCUGUACCGUACCGGAAAUCGAGCCAGACAGCAGCGGGAACUUCAGAGUCAACUGCAGACCAUCAGUGAGCUGUUAGUUAAUAUUAUUCAAGCAGAUAGCAACGCGCCACGUGGUCCGGAAGACGUGGACGAGCCACCGGUGUACGAGGCUCCACCUGAUUAUGACGAGAUCAUCAAGGUUGGAAUGGACGAGGAUAUGCAGCGCAAGCGUCGCCGUCACUCGUCGUCAGCUUCGGGACGGAGAAGCCGCAUGAGGAGAUCGCGUAGACCCAGCAACGUGUCCGAGAGUAACAAUCCGAUCCUGGAAGUCCGACUGCCUCCGGAGUUCGAAGGGGAUGGUCCUUCAACGAGUGGAAUGUUACAAGUCCCAUAUGCGAGCCACGACCAAGACGAGGACAACGAUGACCUGCGGGACACCCCUUGGAUGCGUACGGAACCGGACUUUUUCAUGUCGUCCCGUAUUAUAGAAACUCCAACGUCGGCUUCGACGAGCCAGAGUCACAGCAUCGGCUGCCAAACAGCAGCAUCCGGAACGGGCACAUCCGGCGGCGCUAACUCGAGCCCGCCGCCAACUUACGACGACUCGCAGUACUUCAGCACGAGCGCCCUUGCUGUCCCGAUCUCAUCCGGGUCAACGUCCGCCUCGGACAACAUCUCGCGAGGCUUCACCGAGGAACCGCCCAACAUCACGCUUUCACUAGCCGAAACGCCUCCUCAAGUUACCAUCACCGCGAUAGCGGGAGCUUCCGCCGUAAGACCCAGCCACAUCUGGAGUCCAACUUCCCGCAGUCAACGGCCCUGGUUGGCGUUCAGCAGUGGCGACGAACUGCGCCAAGUUGCGAGCGUCACUUCGUCCGCGUCCAUUCCGGCAGUUCAUACCUUUUCCCCCAACUACGACAGGUCGCAGAUCUUCGACUCGAUUGAUUUGAGUCAAAUUAACGAGAUUGACGCGUACCUGUUGGCCUACGGAUCGGGAUCGGAAGUGCGAUCUCCUGAUGGCGCUGGAAGUGGUUUCGAUCUACAUUCCACCGCUACCGGCCUGUCGCACCUUCCGUCCACCUCAUCUUUGGCUCGGAACUCGAUCGCGGGAUCUUCACUGGGAUCCAACAGCAGAAGUGUCGUCUCAGCCAGCUAUGACCACGUGGUCCGGAAUUGUCCGCGCUGCAGAGAACCCCUCCGUUACCACUCCCAGUGUCCCAGCUGUCAGCCCGGUCGGACCAACACGAUCCCGGCGAACAUGUGCUCCGCUUGCGGGGGAAAAAUCUCCCUCGAAGAAGCUCUGGACCGAUCGCAAGCCGUCGGCGAAGGUCAGUUGGCGACCGCCGUAAAGCUUUGCAACUGUUUCCCGAAAUUUCCCUCCACAACCAACAUCGUGCGCAGUGGAUCGGCGAACGUGAUUCCUCCGAGGCCCUUCUCGGCGGACCGUGCCGAGGCUCGGCGAAGUGUUGCCAACCUUACAAGUAAUUUUGAAGCUUUCUUCAACUCCCAUAUCGGUAUUCCCAACACGGCGGCGGAUGCGCGGCGUUAACUCAAGCUAUUUGUGGUGUUAGGUUUAAGAGUUAAAUGUUCGGAUUAAAUAAAACUCUUCCAUCUCACUGACUGAGA